GCAACGUCAGGCUUUUGUUGUUUCCUUCCCGGCGACAAACCCCUAGCAAAGUUCUCCAAACAGGACAGCAUUGUGCAGGCAGAGACACUGGGGGUUAGUUGGAGGGGGGGAAACCGAUCCUCGAUGUUUUUUUUUUUUUUUUUUCACUCGAUUACAGCUGAAUAGGAAGGGGAGAGAGAGGACACAGGCGCCCCGCUCGUGAGGUCGGGGGAACAGCCGGGCUGUAGAGUGCGAGUGCUCCGUUCCUGUCCGAGCAGGAGUGUCUCCUUCACUCGCGGCGCUGGCGGAGGCGGUUUAGGUGGAGCCGGCUUCCCAGAAAUUGUCGGUCAGCUUUUUCCUGUUGUGCUUGCUACCGCAUCGGAACGUCUCCUGGCCAGUGACAGCCCACAUCUAGGAUUACAGGGCUACGAAGGAUUGCCAUCUGGCUCCUCUGACCUAGCACAGUGGUUUUUUUUUCCCCUAUACUCCUUAAAUAUGCAUUUGUGAUUUGGGUUGGCAGUUCCUGCACAACAGAGAUGUCUCUGCGAUACAGACCGGGGCGAAAUCCAUCGAUAGCUGACCAGCUUCCCUGGAUUUCGCUGACGACACCGUUUUGUUUGGCCUGAAGAUGGAAACACUGGAGUCGGAGCUGACCUGCCCUAUCUGUCUGGAGCUCUUUGAGGAUCCUCUACUGCUGCCCUGUGCUCACAGCCUGUGUUUCAGCUGCGCCCACCGCAUCCUGGUGUCCCACUGCGCCUCCAACGAGCCCGUCGAGUCCAUCAGCGCCUUCCAGUGCCCGACCUGUCGUUAUGUCAUCACCCUCAACCAGAGGGGCCUAGAGGGACUGAAGCGCAACGUCACUCUCCAGAACAUCAUCGACCGCUACCAGAAGGCCUCGGUGAGCGGGCCCAACUCCCCCAGCGAGACCCGGCGCGAGCGCCCGCUGUUCGACGGCACGGCCAUGAGCUCGCCCAGCGAGAGGGUGCAGUGCCAGUUCUGCGAGCAGGACCCGCCGCAGGAGGCCGUGAAGACCUGCGUGACCUGCGAGGUGUCCUACUGCGAGGAGUGCCUGCGGGCCACGCACCCCAACAAGAAGCCCUUCACCGGGCACCGGCUCAUCGAGCCACUCCCGGACUCGCACCUGCGCGGGCUCAUGUGCCUGGAGCACGAGGACGAGAAGGUGAACAUGUACUGCGUGACGGACGAGCAGCUCAUCUGCUCCCUCUGCAAGCUGGUGGGGCGGCACCGCGACCACCAAGUGGCGUCCCUCAGCGACCGCUUCGAGAAGCUGAAGCAAGCGUUAGACUCAAACCUCAGCAACCUGAUUAAGAGGAACAAUGAACUGGAAACUCUCAUGGGCAAGCUGAUCCAGACAUGCCAACAAGUAGAGGUGAAUGCAUCUCAACAAGAGAGCAAGCUCAUGGAGGAGUGUGACCUCCUGAUCGAGAUCAUUCAAGAAAGACGACAAAUUAUUGGAGCAAAAAUCAAGGAGGGAAAGGCCGUCAGGCUGCGUAAACUGGCACAGCAGAUCAGCAACUGCAAGCAAUGCAUAGAGCGAUCCUCCGCCCUCAUCACACAGGCCGAUCAGACGCUGAAGGAAACGGACCAUGCCCGCUUCCUGCAAACUGCCAAAAACAUCUCCGAGAGAGUAUCCAUGGCAACAGCAUCUUCUCAGGUCCUGAUUCCAGAAAUCAACCUGAAUGACACCUUUGAUACUUUUGCGCUAGAUUUUACAAGGGAAAAGAAAAUGUUGGAAAGUCUGGAUUACCUUACAGCACCAGACCCUCCUGGCAUCCGAGAGGAGCUGUGCACAGCUUCGUACGACACCAUCACUGUCCACUGGACAUCGGACGAUGAGUUCAGUGUGGUUUCCUACGAGCUUCAGUACGCCAUCUACACUGGGCAAGCCAACGUUAUCAGUUUGUGUAACUCUGCUGAUAGCUGGAUGAUAGUGCCCAACAUCAAACAGAACCACUACACCGUGCAUGGCCUGCAGAGCGGCACCAAAUACAUAUUCAUUGUCAAGGCCAUCAACCAGGCAGGCAGCCGCAGCAGCGAGCCGGGCACGCUGAAGACCAACAGUCAGCCUUUCAAGCUGGACCCCAAGUCUGCCCACAGGAAGCUGAAAGUGUCACAUGACAACCUGACAGUGGAGCGUGACGAGACCUCCUCCAAGAAAAGCCACGCCCAGGACCGUUUCACCAGCCAGGGGAGCUACGGCGUCCUGGGCAACGUGUACAUCGACAGCGGCAGACACUAUUGGGAAGCUCUGAUUGGAGGAAGCACAUGGUACGCGGUUGGCAUCGCCUACAAGUCGGCGCCGAAGCACGAGUGGAUCGGCAAAAACUCGGCCUCCUGGGUGCUGAGCCGCUGCAGCAGCUCCUGGGUGGUGCGGCACAAUGGCAAGGAGGAGCCCAUCGAUCCGUCGCCCCACCUGCGGCGCGUGGGCGUGCUGCUGGACUACGACGCCGGCUCGCUGGCCUUCUACGACGCCGUCACCUCCCAGCACCUGCACACCUUCGACAUCUGCUUCGCGCAGCCCGUCUGCCCCGUCUUCAACGUCUGGAACAAGUGCUUGACCAUCCUCACCGGCCUGCCCAUCCCUGACCACCUGGAAGGGGCCGAGCUGCAGGAUUAACGGCCAGCCUCGGGAGGAGAGCGGAGAGUUCAAAGACCCCACCGCAGAACGAGGGCUCUCUCUGUCAGACAGAAAAGGUCCAAGAAUACUUUCAUCCUGUUGCUGUUCUAAAUCGAAAAAGCCAUGGCAUUCUUAUGUCAUUAAAUGAAAUUAAAGGAAUAGUGGUGAAAUAUUUAUGAAAAAAAAUGGAUUUCAAAAUAUUGUAGAUUUCUUUUCAUGCUUUGCACAUUGUAAUGUUUACUAAUAUAUAUGCCUAGUUGAUUUUUGGGAGACAAAAAUUGUAUAUAACAUUUUAAAAAGACUUAGGAGCUUAUUUUUGUGCAACCCCAGGAUAGCUUUUUUUGUUUUUUUUUUGUAAUCAAAUAUGAACAAAACUAAAAGCUUAUGUUCCAGCUCUAUAUGUUGAAAAUUUGUUAUGCCAUAAACCUUGAGCUUUGUAAAUCUACCUUGAGCAUGAUGAAGAGAGAAAAGGGAGAAAUGCCGAGAAAAUCAGCUGAGAUAUACCAGUGUGCUACAUUAUUUAUUUGCUUUGCAGACACUCUUAUGCAGGGUGCAUAGCUACACUUUAUGUAUAAGGUCACUUUUUACAGUUAGGUAUUUGCUGAGGUAAUUCAGGUGCAGUGCUUAGUCACUUUUGCCAACUUUUUAAGUUGUCUGGUGUGAGAGGACAGCAUUUGCUUCCUGUUUAGUGUCGUGCCCAAUGUGUCAGACUCUUUUAGAUAAUUGCAUUACUAUUCUUAUGUUUGGAAGAGAUUAACAUGGUCUCUUUUAUAUGACUCCCUGUGAUUUCCUGUGUUUAUCUCCUGUUCAUCUCCCAAAGGGAAUUUAAGUCCUCCCAGUUUGCUUUCACUCAUAUGUGUAGCUUAUCUACUAACUGGAGUGUAUGCAAUCAUGAAAAAAAAAAUGAAUUGGUGGGUGUGAGUGAAUCAAAUGGCACAUGUUGUGUCUUUUGAACUGAUAAGGUUGCCUGUCUUGCACUGUUGUUAUUUUAAAAGGUCACAGGCACAUCCACUUAAGCAGAAGCUCUGCGCUCUUGACGUUUACAGUCUUGGGUACACUGAAGCACAAAGACACAAUGGACCGUUGAUGUCAUCGGACCCAGCAAGGAUUUCUCCCUCAGACGUAAAUUGUGAAAUCACAUGAUAUUUUUACCACUGCAUACAGACGAUUGAUGUUACAUAGUUGUUGCACCUUUAUUGCUUACUUCUGUCAUGUAACAGAAGAGGAAACAGCAAUGUUUUAUUAUUUUCUGUAUGCUCUUUAAUGUUGUGGGACAGAAAAUGACUGAAAGGAUUCAUUUCACUGAAAGAAGUACCCUUCGCUGCGGUAACGGAGUCUGAAUAGGAGUAAUUCCCCCAUGAUCCUUUUCUCUCACCGCUUUUUAUUUUCCACCUUGUUGUCAUAAUAGUGCGUGUGAGGACUGUGUCGAUGGACUCCAGAUGCUUGCAUUACUGUGCAUUCUUUUUUAUUUCCUAGUGCAGUAUCUGUGUGCAAGGUAAAAUAAAACGAUAGGGGCCAACACGCUGCAUAAUGUGGUUAUUAUCCAAAUGCUGAAACAUGUCAGCAGGCUUUUGUGGUUAAAAAAAAAAAAAAAAAAAAU